AUGUGUUUUAAGAAGUUGGAUGAUUCACGGAGGCCUGUUAAACUUCGUUUUGAUCACUUGAAGCCGAUGGAAGGACCAACUGAGAUCUACGAACAGCUGAAUUUGUGUAUUUUUCCGGAAAGAUUUUGUCUUCAGCCCAGAGGACGUGAUGGUGGAUUAGUUUCUGAUUCGUAUCUGGAAAUUGAUCGUAAUUCAAAUAAAUUAAGUUUGAUAAGAAAUUCAGAAAACCCUUUACCUAUAAGCGAUGCAGAAGUAAAGAUUAUUCAUGGAAUUAUUGGUAUCAUAAAACUAGUCUCAGGAAACGCGCUAAUCGUAAUAACAAAAGCAAACCUUAAAGGUGUUUUAAAUGGCAAUGAAAUAUGGAAUAUAACCGAAACAGAAAUCUUGCCUUUUGAGAGAACAGUGUUGCAUUUAACUGAAAAACAAAUCUGGUACAACAAGCAUUUUACUGAAAUGAUACAACUUGUUCUCUCAUCUGGGGGGUUUUAUUUUUCUCGCACGUACGACUUAUCUCAUUCAGCUCAGUGGUUAGCUGAAAAUGCUACACCUCUCUUCAAAAGGCUCUCUAUGAUGGAUCGAUCAGACGAACGUUUCGUAUGGAAUCGUUAUCUGUCCACUUCUUUUAUCACCAAGCCUGAAUUGAAUCGUUUUAUACUUCCCAUAAUACAUGGAUUUUGUGAUGUGAGCCGAUGUGUUGUUAAUGGACAUGUCUUUCAACUUUGCAUUAUUUCCAGAAGAUCUGUUUACAGAGCUGGUACAAGGUUCAAUAUGAGGGGAGUGGGUGUGGAUGGAAAUUCAGCAAAUUAUGUCGAAACGGAGCAAAUAGUAGAAUAUGAUAUGGAUGGUGAUUCGAAACAACGAUGUUUGACAGCAUUUGUGCAAGUGAAAAUUAGAUUAUUUUGGACAUUACCUACGUUUUAUGGUUUCCAGUCCAGCGAAAUGGUGACAAAAAAGCUUAUGAGGGGAUCAAUACCCUUAUAUUGGUCGCAGAAACCGAAUCUUCAGUGGCAGCCAGAACCGUUACUUAAUCCUGUCGAUGAUCAAACGGAAGCUUUCCAACGACAUAUGAUGAUGCAGCGCAAUAUUUAUGGAGGAAAACAUGUGAUCGUGAAUUUAGUUAAUCAACGUGGACGUGAAAGACGUCUUGGUGGAGAACUUGAACGAGUUGUCAUGCGUACGCACUUAGAUUUUGUGAGACUCAAUGCUUUUGAUUUUCAUAAAGAGUGUGGCGUGUUUAGUUGGGGUCAUUUGGAUAUGCUAAAAACACAGUUACGACCUGAACUUACUGAAUUUGGAUUUUUUGCAUCAUUUAUAAAUAGCCCCGAGCGUAUGCAAAGACAGAAAGGAUUUUUCCGCACCAAUUGCAUGGAUUGUUUGGAUAGGACUAAUGUGACUCAAUCAAUGUUAGCUAAGGAAUCAUUGAAAGAUCAACUGUCGUUCAUUAGGAUUAUUGGUAAUGGCUGCGAAGUGGACAGUUUCCCCGAAUUAUCUGCUAUUUUCAAAAGAAUUUGGGCCGAUAAUGGAGAUGAAUGCAGUCUUCAGUAUGCAGGAACAGGAGCUUUGAAAGCUGAUUAUACACGCUUCGGUAAACGAACUUAUUCUGGAGCAUGUAAUGAUCUUGUGAAUGCUAUUACUCGUUACUACCGUAACAAUUUUGCAGAUGGAUAUAAACAGGAUGCAAUCGAUUUUUUCCUUGGAAAUUUCCGAGUUGAUCCCAAUAAUUUACCAUCUAAUUUCGAAACUACAGUGCUUAGUCUUGAUUAUCAUGGUGCUGCUAUUGUGGGUGCAAUUUUUGCUGCUGCGAUGACUAUUCUUUGCAUUUUAGUAGCUGAAAACGUGACUGCAACUAUAUUUUGGCUUUUAAUUUUUUUGGCAUUAAUGCUGUUCAUAUUUAUCAAUGGCGAAGAAUUUGUGAAUAAACCUCGACUGAAGAUAGAUUAA